GAAUCGUAAUUGAUUAAGAAGGAUUUGACUUAAUAUUCAUGCCCCUGAAUAUUUGUAAUAGCUUAUAGUUCACAUCAGAACUUAUAGUGAUUCAGUUUUCAUUUUUUUUAAUUCAAAAUUUAAGUGUUGCGUAAUUUUUGGUUCAGGGUUGGGAAUGGGAUAAUCAAAUGAUAUCUAGAGUCACCUGUAUAUGUUUGAUCUUCAACAUGUGCGCUUUCGAUCAUCGUUAUGUCUUGGAAUCUUAUAGUGUUCCGAGGUGCCAAAAUGUUUCACAACAACUAAUUCACGGGGCAGGGUGUUCUGCAAUGGAUUCCAAACAAGAAGAGAUGAAGACGGCAGCCACAGACUCUACAAGUAAGGGGAUCGAGGGUUCAUCUGUUAAGAUAAAGGUGCUGUUCUUUGCGAGGGCUCGUGAUCUAACUGGCUUGAGUGAUACGCAACUGGAGGUGUCGUCUGGUAGUACUGCACUUGAUUGUUUAGAUAAGCUCAUCACCAUGUUUCCAAGCUUGACAGAGAUCCGCGGGUGCAUGGUGCUUGCUCUUAAUGAGGCGUACACAGCUGAUUCUGCGGUCGUUAAAGACAAGGAUGAGUUGGCCAUAAUACCUCCAAUAAGUGGUGGAUAAAGGCAUCUCAUAUAACCAAGAACUGUAAGGAUAUCCAUGUAUUCAAAACCUUGAAAAGUAAUCGAGGAUUGUUCAUAGCUUUCGUUGAGCUCAUAUGCAUGCAAGUAACUGCAAGUAUAUCCACGAAGCCGAAAAUCUUGGAUAUCAUUUUUGAUAGGUGAAACCCUUGGGUACAGACAAUCGUUAUUGUCGACAUUUGGUAGCCAAUAAAGGAAAGCAUAAGCAGAUUAUCUUGAGUUCUUGGAUGUAUGAUGUUUUGAUGUAUGUGUACAAAACAGUAGUACCAAAUAAAUUAUCUGCUCUCUUUUUACAUAUGCAGAGCAGAUGCAUUUGCUAAGGCUGCAGCA